CUAUUCGGGACUUUGUGCCUGGCAGCUUCAGGGGUGAAUAGCCUUCAGCCCAUCAUUGUUUCUCUGAGGGCUGUACUUUGAAACAACACCUAGACUACUUCAAGGUUAUCAGAUUGACGAACGCUAAUCUCGCUCCUUAAAAGUCACCCUAAUCGGAGCCCCAUAGGGCUGUAAUCAAGGAAUCAUUGAUCCAUAACCCGAUUAUGGCCAUAGAAGAAGAACAGGAGAAGCUCAAGGCCGAGUUCGACUCCAAGCUCGGCCCAGACGCUUUUCAUGAGGGUUGGCAAUCACUCCUAAAAGUUGACUCAGCCUUCUUUUCUGCCAGCGUAUCACUGGCAAGCGUACCACGACGGAAAUCUUAUCUUUCACGCAAAGAACAGGUUUUGAUCGCCCUUGCUGUCGACUGUGCUGCAACGCAUUUGUACGCGCCUGGUAUUCGUGAGCAUGUCACCUCCGCAGCGAAAGAGGGAGCUACUAGAGACGAAAUCCUCGAAGUCAUCGAACUAUCUAGUACUCUAGGAAUACACGCUUGCAAUAUCGGGGUUCCUCUACUUGUGGAGGUAUUGAAGGAAGAAGGAAAGUAUCUUGAAGAUAUAACCCGGCCGUUUGAUCAGACACAACAGAAUUUGCAGCAAGAGUUUACGGAGAAGCGCGGGUAUUGGCAUACUUUCUGGGAAGAUUUCUUACGACUUGAUCCUGAAUUCUUCGCGGGAUAUUUGGAAUUCUCGAGCUUGCCGUGGAUCAAGAAUGUAGAGGGUACCAGUGGAGAGGGCAAAGGGGCUCUUGAACCUAAGUUGAAGGAGCUUGUAUACUGUGCUUUUGAUGCCGCUUCGACGCACCUCUAUGUUCCUGGGCUGAAACUCCAUAUGCGAAAUGCUCUCGGUUAUGGCGCAACUCCGCAGGAAAUACUAGAAGUGCUUGAGAUCGCGACGCUAUUGAGUUUGCACACAGCCCAUGUGGCAGCACCCAUCAUAGAGGAGCUGACUGGAGCUUCUAAUUGAAAACGAUUGCAGGAUCUUACAGACUCAUGCUGAGGCUUUGUAUGAGCAGGUCAUAUAAUGAGAUUUCUAUCUAUAUCUGAUAUUUAAAGUUAGGAGAUCUGUCAGUAAAUGAUGCAUCGGCGUAUACAGCCCCUUCAUUCAGAAUCUUGUCUUUAGACGCCUGGCGCCUUGUGUAUAUCGUCCACAUAAUCCACCAAC